AUGGCUAGACUAGUUCGUUCUGACACGUACACCAGUACACCUUUACAGUUACUGCAAAUGGACACAAAAACGAAACGGCAAACUGUUGUUAUCAUUGGUGGAGGUGUGGGCGGUUGUUGUACUGCACUUGAAUUGGCCCGAACUGGGAAAUUUAACAUUCACUUGCUGGAAAAGAAUCAAGAAUUGAUGAGGGAAACUAGUGAUGCCACCCCUGGCCGUCUUGGCUUAGGAUUCCAUUAUGCUGACAAGAAUACAGCUCUAUAUUAUCUGCAUGUCACUUUAGACUUCCUCAGAAGUUAUGGACGAUUUCGACAAGAGAUCGGCCGUCAACAAUCUCACCCACUUCGUCGAGGCAGGUAUUUCAUUAUGAAAGACUCGACAGUGCCUUGCAGAGAUAUUCUUGAAACAUUUGAAGCUAUCAAAGAAGAAUACUCAAAGAUGGUAAAGGAAGACCCGAGUUACGAAGUUGUUGGCCCACCGGCAAACAUUUUUCGGAUUCUAGAGCCUCAUGAAUUUGAAGCAGACGUGGAAAUUGGAAAGGUACACAUGGGUAUCGAGACAGCAGAGGAGUUUCUGGACUGGCCAAGGAUGAGAGAGUAUAUUGUGCAACAACUAGAGCAACACAAAGAUACCGUUAGAGUUCGCAGAUACACAAAAGCUCUCAGCAUAACAACCAGUGAUUAUGGAGGGUAUGUGGUAGAUUCAGUGAACGUAUUUCAAGGCAAUAUGGUCAGAGUUUCCACUGAUAUCAUCGUGAAUGCGUCAUGGUAUAACAUUUCUAAAUUCAACAAGAUGCUUGGAGUCACUAAUGCGAGGUAAAUAACUCUGCUUCUCUAAUCGCCUAGCUAGAUAAUAGUAGAGCGUCCUUGCGCGCGAAGCUCCAUAGACAAUGGUAACCUCUCGAUGACAAAAAAUUUGGCUAUGACCUCGGCGUACGCCCGUCCGCCUUUACACCCUCUGGGGGGAGGGGUAGAAAACUCAGUAGGGUAGGGAAGGGAGUCGCAACAUGUACAUUUCGUUUCGUUUUUGGCGCAAAAUUAACCAUUUUAGGGGCAACCAAUUUAUCCAAUUCAACGAGUAAAAAUCUAGAUCAAAGUUCCUUGCCUUCGACUUACGACAAAAUAAUCGGAAAUAUAUUUUUAAAGCUUUGCGUCUUGCUUGGUCACGCUUUUUUGGUCACACCCCAGGAACAACUCAAACAAUAGGACAAUUGCACAAUGACGAUAUUUGACUACAACUACCAGAAUUCAGUUCGGGUUUGCUUUGUUAUUAAAAUUUCUCAAUCCCGCUGGGGAUUAAAGAACAAUAGCCUUAAUUUGCAGAAAAAAAAAACAAACUCAAGGACUCUGGUAGUUGUAGUAAAAUGACGUCAUCGUGCAAUUGUCCUAUUAACAAUUGGUAAAAACCAGCACUUGGGCACCAUCGUGGGUAACCGAGCUGUAGUUAUUUGCAUUCGUUGAGUCCUGUGGAAUCAGAGUCAGCUUCCUGUGUUACUUCUGCUUGCCUGCAACUGAUAUCGGGUCAAAAAGAAUUAUUGUAUAAUCAAUAAAUGACAAUUUUGUGCUGCAAAACUGGCCAAAAGUGCAAAUUUUAAUAGCAGUGCUUUUUUGGCAAAGUAGGUGAAAAUUGUGCUCGUUAUGACAAAUUAUGCCAAAGCCUAAACUGGACGCAGCCAAAGAGAUUCGUAAAUGACAACCAGCCUUUAUAAAACAUUUAUUUCAUGGGCUAUUAACUAUGGGUAAAAAUUCUUUCUAAGACUAUUACUAUGAUCGAACUUGGUUUAUAAUUUUCUCUUUUUGUUUUAAAACCAGUAAAGUAUAAAUUUUUGGAUUUCUUUGCAUAGGUUGAAGCUUAUUCGUUUUAAUUUUUUGGUUUUAAGUAAUUAAAAGUAUAUAAAUGCACUCUUUGAUUUUUAACCUUGGCUAAAUCUAUAUAUUAAUAAUUUUAGUGUUUGCUUUAUGUCUUGAGGAAUCUUGUACUUGACUGUCUUAUUUUGGGCGACUGUAAAGUUUGCACUGGAGAGUAGUGGGUUGGAUUAGUGGGUGACAGCUUACGUCGGUCUGGUGAUUUUUGUCCAGAGCUUUGGACGCUGUUUAGCCUGCAAUAAAGGCGCUCUAUGAACCAAGCGAUGUGAAUUAACGCGUUAUUUCGCGCUCCAGUUGUUUGCGCAUUAUCCUUUCAUCACUCCGAGAUCCCUGAUAGCUCGCGUGCUACAAUGCUGCAAUUCGUCGUUCGUUUGUGUCUUUUUGUUUCCUCACCCCUGGGUAAGUUUUGAAGAACCCUACCCACCUAACAGUGUAAUGGGCCUUUUCUGAUUUGUGCCAAGCCUCUGUUUCAAUGCGAGCUAAGUACAAAGCUUUUAAUGUAAAAUAGUAGUAAUAACAAUAAUAAUAACAAUAAGAAUAAUAAUACUCUAGCAACUGGUUGUUGCCUGGAGCCAAUGAAAACCAGAUUUACACCUUUUUCUGAGAGUAUUGGCAAUAAUAAUAACAAUAAUAAUAUAGCCAUGCUGGGAUCUGCGCGAAUCCUCAGAAAGGUGCUCAGUGUAUGAACAGAAUGAUUGACUUGAGUGACUGACGCUCUAGGUGCAUGGUUUGCGCCCGGCUGGUGCACAAAAAGAACACCACCAAAUAAGGACUGUAAUAAAAGAGAUAAUAAUAAUAAUUAAAUGAUUAUACUCAAGUAAAUGUAACGUAUAGUCUAACCUCUACUUCCUGACCUCCACCCCUUACCUCGUCCCCAGGGCGCUUUUCCAAAGCCAGGGAAAGGCGCCCUGGGGACGAGGUUGCUCCACCCCUCCCCUCUCCCCACCCUCAGUUUUGCCCGCUAAGACUCUCGUUAAAAACCAACUACUAAAAGAGUUUGAUCGCUUAAUAAAGAUUAGCAUUGCUCUCUUUAUAAUAUUGUCAUUUUUAGGAGACGAUUCAAUCGAAUCAAGGCAUUAGUUAAAGUGCGUCUAUCUGAAGAGCUUGCCAACCUGCCAUCGAUGUUCUUCUGCAUGGGUCCGUUCGGUAUGUUUUGCAACAAAGGUGAUGGAACUGGAAUGAUGACGUACGCUCGAGAGACGAACAUUGCAAUGACAAGUUCAUCUGGCGAACUGGAACCAGCAUUCCUCCGAAUGUAUUUCAAUCUCUCGGACAGAGAUAAACAUAUCAGAGCCCAGCGCAUCGUGGCAGGUGUUUCAAAGUUUAUCCCAGCGUUGAGGAACUCCAAGGUGCUGAAAGUGAAUAUCGGAAUUGUCCAAACUUUUAUCAAUGAAGACGCAAGUGAAUACGGCUUCCAAAUUGGUAACCUUGGCUUUCUUCACGAUCCUACAAAGGGAGGGAUUCACAAAAGAAAUUAUAGUGGUGUGGAAGAGCCGAUGCCUGGGUAUAUAAUCAACGCAUGCAUGAAGCUUAUCUAUUGUUUUGUCAACGCAAAACUUGUCAAAGACAUUAUAACAAGAAAAACUGGUUAA